AUGAUUAAUGAUUGUUCAUCAUCAUCAUUAUUGGACAAAUUAAGACGACAGAAAGCAAUUAUAUUUCAAUCGGAAUUAAGUUCACCGAUUGAAUUCAAUAUUAAUGAAGGUUCACAAUUUCGUUUAACAUGUUCAUUUUUAUCUAAUUUUGAUAAAAUUGAUAUAUUCUGGUUUCAUAAUAAUACAUUAAUUGAAUCAUUUAUUUCCAAAACUAUUUUAGAAGAAGAAGAUGAUAAUGUUGAAGAUUCAUUUCUUGCUUCUAUAAUUGUAUCAACAAUAGAAAUCGAAAAAACUCGUUUUGAUAUGAAUGGACCAUAUAAAUGUAUUGGAAUGCAUAAGGAAAUUUAUUCACAACAAAUUUUUAAUAUUCAUAUUAUUGCCAAUAAUACAGAUUUAAUCGAAAAAAAUUCUUUUGAUAAUACAUUAAUCACUGUUCAUACAUAUCAAUCUUUAUUUGAACCUCGUAGUCAAACAUCAUUAAUGUGUCGUUUUAGUAAUAAAAGAAAAAAUGAAUGUAAUAUACAAUGGUUUGAUCCAGAAGAUGAACCUUUGAAUACGUUCGAUGAAAAAACUGAUUUAGCAUUAAUAAAUCCUAAUUUUGAAGAUCAUAUGGGAUUAUAUACAUGUCGAAUUUGUUGCCAUAAUCAAUGUCAAUCUUUAACAUCAUUUGUUUAUCCAGCUGCACCAGAGAAAUAA